AAUGGUAGCCCACGCCAGGGGAGGAGCCACGCCGAAUCGCAACAAUUAACAAGGUGGUAGUGCGCGCGCCUGCUGGUUAUGGAAAGAUGGUGGCGAGUGUGACACUUGAAUCUGAUGGCAAAUGUAAUGACUCUGAGGUGCUGGCCUGGCUCAAUCAGACUUUGCAGUCUGGUUUCAACACUGUGGAAGAAACAUGCUCAGGUGCUGCCUACUGCCAGUUAAUGGAGCUGAUUAAUCCUGGCUGUAUUGACCUGCGAAAUGUAAAGUUCAAAGUAAAGGAUGAAACAGAUGUUUUAAACAAUUACAAGCUGCUUGAGAGUGCCUUCACGAAGACUUCUAUUAAUAAAACACAGGAGAUUAAAAAGUUGAUCAGUGGCAAUUUCACAGAGAUGUUAAAUCUGCUGAGGUGGUUUAAAGUGUUUUAUGAAAGCUCUUAUGCAGGACAUAGUUACGACCCUAUAGUGGCUCGAGAUGGACAAAUUCUGGAACCCUAUGUCCCUAGGCAACCAAGGGAUCUCAUGCAGCUGGAACAUUCAGCGGCGCCAGACAGGAUUAGUGAAAAUGCUGACUCAAAAGUGAAGACAGAAGUUCCGGAGAUGUUUUACUCCAACCAGGCUGUGCUUUCUUUUAUUAGAAAAUACUGUCCCUCUGCCUCAGCAAGCAUCUAUUCAACUAUUACAUGUAGCGAUGCCAAGCAAUUGCUGGGCAAAACAUACCCAAAAGACAUUGUAGCUUUCUGUAACCAAGUCCCAUAUUGCCUGUAUUUGUACCAUGAAGGAGAAAAAGCUCAUGUGAUCUUGAUUGGUUAUUUCGACCAAACUGCUGGAGAAAACAAAGUGAGGCUGCUUGAUGUUAUUGAGGAGAUACAUUCUACCUUACUGAACUGUGUUUUGGAGAGCCUUAAAAAGUUUAAGAUACCUCUGGCUAACCUCGCAGUAUUUUAUUCCAAUGCAUCCAAUCUUUCAGAGAUGAUUGUAGGCCUGAGAGCCUUGAAUCCUGGCACAUUUUUUUUGUGUAGCCUUCCUGGUGUUGCAGAACAAGCAUGUCACAAUGGCAUUGCAGCAAUGGAGAUGUCAGCACAGAUCCAGGAACUGAUCAAGGAAGUCCACCAGCACUUUCCCUCUCUACCAGACUUUCUAAAGGACCAGCUUACCAAUAUUCAUGAGUUUAAGCUCACCUCCUCUUUGACAUCUGAUUGUCUCAGCCUCAGGACAAUAGUUUACAAAAUAGCCAUAGCAUGGUCAGACUUGGUGCAAUACUUUAAUUCUCAGAAUGACAACAGCGAUUUAAAUAGGAAAAUAUGUUGCCUCCUCAAUAAUAAGACAUUAGAAAUGAGUUUCUUGUUUUUGAGCCAUUCUCUGCGGCCUCUCUGCAAAUUUCAGGAGAGUUUGGAUUGUGGUACCGAUGUGAGAGAAUUGCUCCAAGAUGCCUGUAAUUUAGUUCACCUUUACAUAUCUAACUUCCUUAUUCCCAAAGCUGUCGACCGCGUUCUUAGGAAAGGUAACUUGAACUUACCAAUGAAGGAUAUGUUGGAGCAUCUCCCGAGAGGCCAGGUAAAAGUUGGUGAAGAGGUGGUUGAAUAUCUUCUUGAAAAUGAUGCAGAGCUAACGGGCUCUGUAGACCUCUUUUACAAGAGUGCUAUUUCAUUCUACACAGCUACCAGUACCAGUAUUAUCGAGAGUUUACCUAUGCCCGUCUCUGCUCUGAGAAACAUGGCUGACCUCUUAAGUCCAGAAGGCAAGCUGAAAGUCACCUUAAAGUCCGUAUCCGAUUUAGGUAACCAGUUUGGUCUUUGUACGGGUGGAGAUGACUCGAGCUUGUUAAUUGAUGAAUUUCUCGAGUGUCAGUUUGCUGAGGAAGACGAUAUACUGGCUGCUCCGGCUGUACAGUCAUUGGAGCAGUAUUGGAAGGCGGAGCUAAGGAUUAUGGGAAAGAAUUCUCUCUUUCGAAAGUUGAUCCUAAGCAUAUUGGUUUUGCCCAAGACACUGAAAAUGGAAAGGGUUUUUGAAAAAGUGUUUGAGAGUGUUGAAAGCAAUGUGGAAGAGAGAAAAAUGCACAUUUCUGAUGACAUAGACAUAGUUGAUGGCGAUGACGAUGAUGAUAUCACAGACACCAGCUCCUACAAAAGUGCCCCUUCCCACCCUCUCAGCCCUGAGACACAGGAAAAUUCAGUAUCAGAUGUUAUUGAUCUGACUGAAGCUGAGGAUGUUAUUUUUAUGGAGACGAAUGCCAGUCCCUCGAGGACAGACUUGAAGAGGAAAAAGGAAAGCCCAGCGAAAAAUAUUUUGGAAUCAAUAGUUAUAGAUGACGAUGAUGAUGACACAGAUGAUGAUGUGUUAUGGACUGAGACUUUAUAUCCAGAGAAAAUGAAAGACAAUAUUUCCUCAACAUUUAAUAAAGAAAUUGACUGUUCAUACCAGGAUGGAAAACCUUUUGCAGCCGGGGAGAUGGUAUGGGGAACGAUGGGAGACUUUGCCUUGUGCCCGGGCCUGGUGCAAAGAUGGACUGGUGGGAAACCCAAAAAGUAUAUUCGAAAAGUGAUGUGGUUUGGGGAUAGUACGGUCUCUGAGGUUCAUUCAGAUGAUCUGCGGCCUUACUCUGCAUUUGCACAGCACUUCUGCCCUAAAUUGUUUGCUACCAUGACAACAUACAAGGACAGCAUUUUCCAUUCUUUGAAGGUGGCUGCUAAGCGUGCUCAAGUUGUCUUUUCUCUUAACUCGGAUUCAAAGGAAGAUCUGUUUAAGGCAAUGUUAGACUGGGCCUUUGGAGGCUUUAAACCAUCUGGGCCGAAUGGACACAAACCACGAUCAAGCGAAGAUGAUUGCCUUAACACAUUUAAUUGCAACUUGCAAAAAUGGGGUAAAAACAUUGUUGGUGAGACUCAGAAAGACCAAGCGAAAAAGUUAUACAAAUUGAAAGAAGUGUCUGUGUGCUUGAAGAGACUGUCUUUGGACCUCCAUAAUGGCCACUUUGAUUUAAGGGAUGAAAAUGUGAAUGAAAAGCUUUCAGAUGCAAAAUCAAAACAGGCUUCCAUACAGACAGAAAAGAAAUUGUCUCAGAGCCAGCCAACUCCCAGAAGACACAAAUAUAUUUCGAAGAAUAAGGAUCAAGUCAAAGACCAGAGCUCAAUUGUUCAGAGAAAGCAAGUCCACAACAGGUAUCAAAUGGCAAAUGAAGUUUUGGUUAAAGGGAAGAAAAUUGAAGAUUUCUGCUUAUCAUGUGGAACCACAAAUGUUGUCAUCUUCCAUCCACUGUUUGAGGGAGGUUUGUGCUUGAAAUGCAAGGAUAAUUUCACAGAGACCUUAUAUCGAUAUGAUGAAGAUGGAUAUCAGUCAUACUGCACUGUUUGCUGUGCUGGGCAGGAAAUAAUUCUGUGUGGACAUGACAGCUGCUCCCGCUCCUACUGUUUGGACUGUUUGGAAAUCCUGAUUGGUAAAGGCACGUUUAACCAGCUAAAAGAUUUGGACCCAUGGAUCUGUUACCUGUGUGCACCAGAAAAGAGCUCCGGAGCUUUGAGACCCAGACAUGAUUGGAGUCUGCGUGUCCAGGAAUUCUUCGCCAACAACAGUGCCAUGGAAUUCGAGCCGCAUCGAGUUUACCCAUCAAUCCCUCCCAACCAACGACGUCCAAUCAGGGUCCUCUCCUUAUUUGAUGGUAUAGGUACAGGAUACCUGGUACUGAAGGAUCUGGGCUUUAAAGUAGAAAAAUACGUUGCAUCGGAAAUAGAUGAGGAGUCCAUCACGGUCUCAAUGGUGAACCAUGCUGGAAAAAUCACACACGUGGAUGAUGUCCGUUUAAUUACUAAGCAGCAUAUUGAGGAAUGGGGUCCAUUUGAUCUUCUUAUUGGUGGCAGCCCAUGUAAUGACCUGUCCAUAGUGAAUCCUGCUCGAAAAGGCUUGUUUGAGGGCACAGGACGGCUAUUCUUUGAGUUCUAUCGGCUGCUGCACAUCAUGAAGCCCAAGGAGGAUGACCCUCGACCAUUCUUCUGGCUUUUUGAGAAUGUCGUGUUCAUGAACAUCAGGGACAAAGUUGAUAUCUGUCGUUUUCUAGAAUGUAACCCGGUGCUUGUAGAUGCUGUGAAAGUGAGCCCAGCCCACAGAGCACGGUAUUUCUGGGGGAAUCUCCCAGGCAUGAGCAGACCAAUCAUCGCUUCUCAAAAUGACAAACUGGCCCUCCAAGACUGCCUUGAAGCUGGCCGCACUGCUAAGUAUGUUAAAGUGCGGACUAUCACCACACGCACAAACUCCAUUAAGCAGGGAUCCAAUGACCAGCAUUUCCCCGUCUCCAUGAAUGGAAAGGAUGACAGUUUAUGGAUCACCGAGCUGGAGAAGAUUUUUGGAUUUCCAAAGCAUUACACAGAUGUGAAGAACAUGGGUCGCAUGAACAGACAGAAAGUGUUGGGUAAAUCGUGGAGUGUCCCGGUGAUCAGGCAUCUCUUUGCUCCCCUAAAGGAUUACUUUUCCUGUGAAGUCGUCCCUCUAAAGUGACUUUGACGAUCUUCUUUUACUGAGUGUAGGGUUAAAUCAUGAUUGUCACAGACACAAUUUUGGGUUUAUCUUCUGUAACAGGUUAUUUUUUAAAUUGUUAGAGUUUUUAUAAUUGCCAAAGGAAAUGAACUGAUGCACAUUUUUAAUAAAAGACCUAGGCUCUUGGUAGGUUUUAUAUUAAUUUGAUUGUUUUUCUAUGUUCGUUUACACACAUUAAAUACCCUAAAAUUAAUUCUUUUUAAUAAUCCUUUAGGCAAUUUAGAUUUUCCUUUUAAUUUUCCAUGUCUUAGUGUACAGGUUUUAAUGACAGACGGUCCAAUUGGAUUUUUUGUAGGAGGUUACAUGAUGUCUUAGAAUGUAGUACAGCAGAAUGCCACAAUAAAUCUUUACACAUUCAAAUUUUAAA